ACUCUCUCUAUCUCUCUUCCACAAAAUUCGAACCCCUUCUUCCCUCACAACAACACAUACACACUUCUUCUCAGAACUCAUCCCCAAAAUCUCACAUUUCAACACACAUUUCUUUAUUUCCAUAAACAAUUCCAUGAAACACUCUCUGUCUCACCAUUCAUCGUUUCGAACAAUUCAAUAUCUGAUUUUUCAGACUUGUCUCAGAUUUCAAUCUUACUCAGAAUCAUCGAUUCAAACAAUUCGAAUAGCUUUUGAUUUUUCUGGCCAUCGCAUGGACGGUAACUAGUUGGUUGCCUCAAUCUCAACGGUAAAGAAAUGAUUGAAGUAUUUCUCUUGUAUUUCAACGAAUUAGGGUUUGGGUUAGGGCUUUUCCUUGAUUGGGUUGUUGAAACUGAUAUGGGCUGUGGAGGAUCUAAGGUGGAUAUGGGCUGUGGAGGGUCUAAGGUGGACGGUUUGCCAUUGGUGAUACGCUGUCGGGAGAGAAAAGAGCUACUUAGAGCAGCCGGUGACCACCGCUACGCCCUCGCCUCCGCUCACGUAUCGUAUUUCCGGUCAUUGAAGGACAUCGGAGAUGCCCUUCGGAAGUUCGUGGACGAAGAGCUUGUAAUUGCCUCCCCUUUGGAUUCCCCUGUGUUGUCAUUGCCCUCUGAUGAAGGAAAGAGCAAGAAGAAGAAAAAUAUAGAUACACGUUAUAGUAAUAGGAGUGGAAGGAGUAAGAAAAGCUCGUCUUCAGAUACUUCAAUGUCGCAUUCGGGUUCAAUUUCGCAUGUUCAUUCGGUGCAGGAGGAUGACGAUGAUGAUCAUGCUGCAGAGGAUUCACAUUUGAAUUUGUCUUCUGAUUUGGAAACUUCUGGUCAUAUCCACAUGCAUGAUAGUGAUGGUGAAGAUGAAGGGCCAAAUCUUUCGCCACUACCUCAUACAGAUUGGGGUCCUUAUGGGAUGAAUCAACCUCCUCAAACAGCUUGGGGUCCUUAUGAGGGGAUGAAUCAACCUCCUCAAACAGAUUGGGAUCCUUAUAGAUAUGGAAUGAAUCAAGAGUCUCAGAAUUGGGGACCAUAUGGAGGGAAUUCAACUUCUUAUGCCCAUUAUAUGAAGAGUUCUGCCCCGGCUGCACGGACGGUGAUUCAUGAGGCUGAGCCACAGAGGUCUGCAGCUGAGACAUCAUAUGUGUAUUCAAGCUCAUAUCCAGAGUACUCAUAUGGUAACGGAGGAUUUUUUGGGUUUCCAAUGAGUUCGCCGUCUGGAGAGCCCUCUAAGAAUAGACAACCAAGCCCUCCACGCGGUCCCCCUCCGCCUCCAUCACCGAAGGUCUCUUCUUGGGAUUUCUUGAAUCCAUUUGAUGUUUUUGAUAAUGGUUACCCUGGUUAUUUUUCUCAGAAGGCAUAUGGGUAUGGUUCAGUUGUUAGUAGUCCCGAUUCUAAUGAAGUGAGAGAAAGGGAGGGAAUUCCUGAUUUAGAAGAAGAAACAGAGAAUGAGGUAUAUGAAAAUACUUACAAGGGGAAGAAGGUGAAGGAAGAUGUAAAGAUAAGUUCAAGUGAGGGUAGUGGAGCUGUGCCAUCACAAAAGAGUGAGAGGAUUUCAAGGCCACCACCAUCAAAAAGUAGUCAAGGCAAUUUAAGGGAAGUACCAUCACAUAGUAGUGAGGAUAGUUCAUGGGAAGUACCAUCAGCGCACAAUUUGGGCACUUCAAGGGCAGCGCCACCACAAAACAGUGAAGGAACAGGCUCAGUUAAUGUGAAAGAAGAAAAGAGCAGUCCGGAUAUUGUAUCAACGAACACGGAAGAUAGGUAUGCAAGGAAGAAGGGGGUUAGUUUUGACAUAGAGGAUGCAUGGACACAUGAUGUUGAAUCUUUGAAAUUGAGUAGUUUAACUACAAUAUCGGCUCAUGGAACUCGGGAUCUUCAAGAGGUUGUUAGAGAAAUCAAGGAUGAAUUUGAGAUUGCCUCUAGUUAUGGGAAGGAGGUUGCACUGAUGCUUGAGGUUGGGAAGCUGCCUUAUCAGCCUAGAUUCACAAAAGAGAUCUUUUCCAGAAUUCUGUACUUUAUAACACCUUCCUUGUCAUCUUCACAUCCCCCGUCGAGGCAGUCAGCAAGAUUAGCUUCUAAAGCAAUGAAAUUGGCAAAAUCUUACUAUGAGGAGACUGGGAAGGACAUUUUUGUCAAGCCUAUUAACCUUUCAUCUACUUUGGAGAAGCUGUAUGCAUGGGAGAAGAAGCUAUAUAAGGAAGUUAAGGAUGAAGAAAGGCUUAGGGUUAUCUACGAAAAGCAGUGCAAGAAGCUGAAAGAUUUGGAUGAUCGAGGAGCAGAGUCUAGUAAAAUUGAUGCUACACGAGCUUCAAUUAGAAAGUUGUUGACAAAACUCGGUAUUUGUAUCAAAGCUAUAGAUGCUAUAUCAAGCAGGAUACAUAAGUUGAGGGAUGAGGAGUUGCAGCCCCAAAUCACUGAGUUGAUCCAAGGAUUGACAAGAAUGUGGGAGUCCAUGCUUAAGUGUCACCAGAAGCAGUUUCAAGCUAUUAUGGACAGUAAAACUCGAACUUUGAGGGCGAACAUUGGCUCUAGAAAAGAUUCAAGCUUGAGGGCCACUGUUGAACUCGAAAUGGAGCUCCAUAGAUGGUGUCACUGUUUGAAUGAUUGGAUUCACACUCAAAAAUCAUACAUUGUGUCCCUAAAUGGAUGGCUUCUGCAGUGCCUUGAUUAUGAGCCAGAAGAAACUCCAGAUGGAAUUGUUCCCUUCUCACCAGGCCGGAUAGGAGCUCCUCCAGUUUUUAUAAUUUGUUAUGAUUGGAAACAAGCUAUGGAAACAUUUUCAGAAGCUGGUGUGGCAGAUGCAAUGCGUAAUUUUGCUUCAAACUUGCGACGGUUAUGGGAGAGACAAGAUGAGGAGCAACGUCAAAAGCUGAAAGCUGAGUACAUUUCAAAGGAUUUUGAGAAACGGCUAAGAACACUUCGGAUGGAGAGGGGAAGAAUGGAGCGUCAUCAAGAUGCAAUGUCAGAAAAAAGUGGUUCAAUUGUUCCUUCUGAAAGUGAAGUUUCGGCAAAGGAUGAUCUAAAGGUGGACUUGGAUUCGAUAAAAGGUAGGUUGGCUGAAGAGAGAGCAAGGCAUAAGGAUGCCAUGAAAUUAGUGCAUGAUGCUGCUUCUAGUAGUGUACAAGGAGGUUUGAUUCCUAUUUUCAAGGCUUUGGAGGACUUCACUUCAGAGGCUUUGAAAGCUCACGAGCAAGUUAGGAUACAAAAAAAUGGGCGGGUCUCCUAGCAAGCGUUUUAUUCUCUAUACGAAAAUGGACUGCUUUCUUUGGUUAGAGAUUCCUGCUUUGAGCAGCCAGUGGCAGCCGUAUGAUCAUCUGCGCUAACAAAUAUUAAAUUAAGAAACAUCUACUCUAGCACCGAUUAAAUUAGGAUAGAAUGACGAAAAAUUUUAUAGUUGAAUUUUUUGGCAGUGUAGAGAGCAGCAUUGCGAAGAUGUUGAAAACAAAGGGUUGUGGAAACCACUCCUGGAGAGCAUGAAGAUUAGUAGCUUAAGUGAGUUCUCUGGUGUGGUGAUCAAUUUGGAGAUUGAAGGCGUGUGUUUGGAUUUCGAUUUUGCUACAACCCCAGGGUAAGAGAGGUAAGAAUUUUGUACAGAAAUUCUUAGAUUUAUUAUUUGGUUGCUGUUUGAUGCUUAGUUUGUAGAUCGUUCAUAUGGUUAUGUAGUAUGAAAGGAGGAUUUUAAAUUGAUGUAGCAACCAAACUCCGAAAUUUUG